AGUGCUAUGUGGACUCUGCCCAGAAGCAAGACCUGCGAGGUGUACUGCGUCUCCGUGCGUGGACACUGUCCAGCAGCACAGGGAGAUGGGGAGUUAAGGGAGCCCACCUGGUCACUGAGCCCCUCCAUGAAGCCCGAGGACCAAAAGGUGGAGGGGCUGCAGGCUUCCUCCUGUUCUUCGUGGAGGAGAUGGAUGCUGGGUCUCCUGCCUUUCUUUCCCUUCACUGCUGCCAUUGCACUGACUCUUCACUACUUAACACCUCCGCCUUGUUCAGUGUUCUUCCUCGGAGGCAGCGUGGAGUUCCCAAACUUGAGCUUCUCCUCAGAGCUGGCUGACUCCACCUUCCCACAGUUCCGCCUGCAGGCCCAGGCUUUAAACCAUUAUUUCUCAAAUCUGUACGAGUCCACCCCGUGGAGUUCUUACUACCUGCGCUCAGGAAUUACUGCCUUCAGUGAAGGAGAAGAGGGCCUCAGUGUUUUCUACUGGAGUAAAUUCUCUGCUCCUCAUGAUGUUGCCAUGGAAAUUCAGAGGUACAGUCCAGAGAGGUUGCAGCGCAGGCUCCCUGGCAGCCACAAGGUGCAGCGGGACAGUCGGAACGAGCAACGCUACUACAUGGAGCAAGACAAUGAGAUGCUCCACCUGCUGGGCUUGGACACAGAUGAUUCUCAGUCAGAAGAUAGAACGGACAAAAUGAAAAAUCAGAAUAGUAUUCAAGGUGGGAAAUGGCAGCUUGGAUUUCAAGCAAUGUCCUUUGACCUUUACGCCAAAUAUGGAAACAACCGCACCCUGAGUCUUGUGAAUCCAAAGAAGCCAUACUACCAGUGGCGUCUCCGUGUGCCCUCGGGUCACGUCGUUCGACUGGUUGUCCUCACCCUUCAUGGUGCCACCCCAGGGAGCUGUGCUGCUCACAAGCUCUCAGCCUACGACUUCUUACUUCCAUUACAGAACAAGAUCAUUGCGAGGUGGUGUGGGCUGCCUGUUUCAGGCUCGUCUCCAGUCAUGAAGCUGACAUCCUCUGGAAAUGUGAUGCUGGUCACCUUCUCCUUCAGCAGACAGAGAGAUGGAGCUGUCUUUAAAGCUUACUUCCAAGCCAUCCCAAAAGCAGUUUGUGGAGGAUCCAUUUCUUCCUGGAACGGCUCCAUUUCCUCGCCUUACUACCCUUCAUUCUACCCUCCAAACAUAGACUGUACAUGGACGCUACGGGUGCCACUGCCAGGUUACCUGAUUUCACUGACAAUUGUGAUGAUGGACAUCCAGGAGUCUCCAUCGUCUGAUGGGUGUGAGAAGGACUGGCUGGACAUUGGUGGGGUGAAAUUGUGUAAUCUGGUAUCAGAGAGCAGCAAAAAGCGGGUUUACUCCUCUCCACUCUCCAUCCACUUCCACUCUGAUGAGUCUCUCACUCACAAAGGCUUCUACUUGUUGUACCGAGCCUUUUCUCCAGAGGGCACUUGCCCUCGCCAGUUUCGCUGUGGAGAUGGGCGCUGUAUCCCUCUGAGAAGCGUCUGUGAUGGAGUAAAGGACUGCUCAGAUGGACGGGACGAGGCUAAAUGCUCCUCCUGCAGGCCAGGAGAAGUGCUGUGUGCCAACGGUCAGUGCAAGCCUCAGAGCAGCCAGUGUGUCAGUCAGUGUGCGGACAGCAGCGAGGAGGGAAGCUGUGGAGUUAAAUGCCACCACGUUUGCCCCAACAAGGUGUGUUUGCCCAAGUCAUCAGUGUGUGACGGUGUGACUGACUGCAAAGACCGCAGUGAUGAACUCAACUGCACCAGAGCGUAUUUCAAAGGUUGCUCCUCGUCCUCGUACAAAUGUACCAACGGGAAGUGCGUCAGUAAGGUCAACCCCGAGUGUGAUGGAGUUAAGGACUGCUCUGACGGAUCUGACGAGCUGCGCUGCAGCUGUGGCACAAAACCCAGGAAGCGAACCAAGAUAGUGGGAGGGUCUGAUGCUGUGGUGGGGUCAUGGCCCUGGCAGGUCAGCCUCCAGAUGGAUCGCUACGGUCACGUCUGUGGAGCCACGCUGGUUUCCAGUCGUUGGCUCCUCUCUGCAGCUCACUGCUUCCAAGACUCAGAUGCCAUCAAAUACUCGGACGUCCGUGCCUGGCGGGCUUACAUGGGAAUGCGUGUGAUGACCAGUGGAAACAAUGGAGCGGCCACCAGACUGAUCCGCCGGAUUCUCCUCCACCCGCAGUAUGACCAGUUCACGUCUGACUAUGACAUCGCUCUGCUGGAGCUCAGCUCGCCUGUUUUCUUCAACGACUUGGUGCAGCCUGUGUGUGUUCCUGCUGCCUCACAUGUCUUCAUCACUGGGACCAGCUGCUAUGUCACAGGUUGGGGGGUUUUGAUGGAGGAUGGUGAAUUGGCUUCUCGCCUACAAGAAGCUUCAGUGAAGAUCAUAAGCAGGAACACUUGUAACAAACUGUAUGAUGACGCCGUAACUCCCAGGAUGCUUUGUGCUGGGAACCUACAGGGUGGAGUGGACGCCUGCCAGGGUGACUCAGGGGGUCCGUUGGUGUGUCUGGAGCGAGGCAAGCGGUGGUUCUUGGCAGGGAUUGUAAGCUGGGGUGAAGGCUGUGCACGCCAGAACCGCCCCGGCGUAUACACACAAGUGGUAAGGUUUAGUGACUGGAUCCGUCAGCAGACCAAAGGGCAGGUGUGACUCAUGAGCAACUGAAUUCAAAACCAG